UAGCUAAACCCUCAAUCCCCUUCUCUAAAACCUCUCUUCACUCUUCACUCUUCACUCUUGAAUCUUGAAUCUUGAAUCUUCAUUCCUCUCUUUUCUCAAUCAUCACACAAUGCAGUCCACUCUCUUCUUACCCACCUCGCUCCCCACUCUCCGCCGCCGCACUCUCCCCUUCUUCUCCAUCAGAGCCUCCCAAUCCGCUUCCUCCGUCACCGUCGACUCCCCGCCGGAGUCCUCCUCCUCCGCCGCCGCCACCCAAAAGCUCAACAAGUACAGCUCCCGAAUAACCCAACCGAAGUCCCAAGGAGCCUCCCAGGCCGUACUCUAUGGCGUGGGUCUCUCCGAGGACGACAUGGACAAGCCCCAGAUUGGCGUCUCUUCCGUCUGGUACGAGGGUAACACCUGCAACAUGCACCUUCUGGAACUUUCCGAGGCCGUUAAAGAAGGCGUUAAGGAAGCCGGCAUGAUCCCCUUCAGGUUCAACACCAUCGGUGUCAGCGACGCCAUUUCCAUGGGUACGAGGGGCAUGUGCUACAGCUUGCAGUCCAGGGACCUCAUCGCUGAUAGCAUUGAAACCGUUAUGAGUGCUCAGUGGUAUGAUGGCAACAUCUCCAUCCCUGGCUGCGACAAAAAUAUGCCAGGUACAAUCAUGGCAAUGGGCCGCCUCAACAGACCAAGCAUUAUGGUUUAUGGUGGAACUAUAAAGCCUGGUCAUUUUCAGGGUAAUACAUUCGACAUAGUAUCUGCCUUUCAGAUUUAUGGUGAAUAUGUGAGUGGAUCAAUUGACGAUCAAUACCGACAAAAUGUUCUCCGCAACUCUUGCCCAGGUGCUGGGGCUUGUGGAGGAAUGUAUACAGCCAAUACCAUGGCUUCUGCAAUAGAAGCUAUGGGAAUGUCUCUUCCUUAUAGCUCAUCUACACCUGCUGAGGAUCCAUUAAAGUUGGAUGAGUGCCGAUUAGCUGGAAAAUAUCUUCUCGAAUUGUUGAAGAUGGACUUGAAGCCCCGAGAUAUCAUCACUCGUAAAUCACUACGCAAUGCAAUGGUUAUAGUUAUGGCACUUGGUGGAUCUACCAAUGCUGUGUUACAUUUAAUUGCUAUAGCCAAGUCUGUUGGCAUUGAAUUGUCUCUUGAUGAUUUCCAAAAGGUUAGCGAUGAGGUUCCUUUCCUUGCAGAUCUCAAGCCUAGUGGAAAAUAUGUCAUGGAAGAUGUUCACAAGAUUGGAGGGACCCCUGCUGUUAUCCGCUACCUUCUUGAGCAAGGCUUUCUAGAGGGAGACUGUUUGACUGUUACUGGGAGGACACUUGCUGAAAAUUCUGAACUUGUUCCUCCCUUGUCACCGGGCCAGGAAAUAAUAAGGCCUAUAGAAAAUCCCAUAAAGAAGACAGCGCACAUUCAAAUAUUAUACGGAAACCUUGCCCCACAGGGUUCUGUUGCUAAAAUUACUGGAAAAGAGGGGCUAUACUUCUCUGGCCCUGCACUUGUAUUUGAAGGAGAGGAGUCAAUGAUUGCUGCCAUUUCAGAGGAUCCUUCAAGUUUUAAGGGGAAAGUGGUUGUAAUUAGGGGAGAGGGACCUAAGGGCGGUCCAGGCAUGCCUGAGAUGUUAACACCAACAAGUGCAAUAAUGGGUGCAGGGCUUGGAAAGGAAGUUGCCUUGUUGACUGAUGGGAGAUUUUCAGGAGGAUCACAUGGAUUUGUUGUUGGCCAUAUAUGCCCUGAAGCACAGGAGGGUGGUCCAAUCGGCUUGAUUCAAAACGGAGAUGUCAUCAACAUCGACGUCCAGAAGAGGAGGAUUGAUGCUUUGGUAUCCGACGAGGAGAUGGAGGCACGCAAGAAGAAUUGGUCUGCUCCGCCAUACAAAGCUAACCAAGGAGUUCUCUACAAGUACAUUAAAAAUGUGAAAUCAGCUUCUAGCGGAUGUGUGACGGAUGAGUAAAGAGAGAGACAGAGAGAGCAGAGUUUUGGUGAGUAGCAGAGGGAGAAAAAGAGGGUCAUAUAUGUGUUUUUUUGAGGGUGUUAUUAAUAUUUAGGCCUAAAAGGGUGCAUAGCAAUGUAGCUUGAUGUAUCUCUUGUGAAUUAUAAUUAUUCUUUUGCUACUUCAUUAUGGACCAGUUAUCAUUUUUGUAAUUUUUGUGUGAAAUUGUUUGAUGUUGUGUAUCAGUUAAUGAAUAAAUGUUAGUUUGAACAUUUCUCUUAGGAGAAAUGAGAAA